AUGGGUCGACUUGAAGGCAAGAACUGCAUCAUCACAGGCGGCGCUGGUGGAAUUGGACUCGAGACAGCCAUCCUCUUCCUCCGAGAAGGUGCCAACGUUCUGCUUUCCGACAUCUCCGGCCCAGCGCUAGAGAAAGCCGUCACCAAGCUCAAGGAACUUGUCCCAGAGGCCAAAAAGAUCGAGACCAAGAUCACCGAUGUGUCAAAGGAACCCGAUGUCCAGGCCAUGAUUGAGCACGUGGACUCAUGGGGCGGCGUCGACGUCCUCUUCAACAACGCAGGUAUCAUGCACGCCGAUGACGCCGACGCCGUCGACACGCCUGAAAAGAUCUGGGACCUGACGCAAGCCAUCAAUGUCAAGGGUGUAUGGUUUGGCAGCAAACACGCCGUCCUGAGCUUCCGCAAGCACGGCAAGAAGAAGACAUCCAUCAUCAACACCGCCAGCGUCGUGGCCAUUGUCGGCAGCGCCACGCCCCAGCUCGCCUACACAGCAAGCAAAGGCGCCGUCCUAGCCUUGACUCGAGAACUCGCCAUGGUCCACGCACGUGAGGGCUUCAGGUUCAAUGCACUCUGCCCCGCGCCGUUGAACACUCCUCUCCUGCAAGAUUGGCUCGGCGACGACGCUGCGAAGCGUCACAGGCGCGAAGUCCACUUCCCCACCGGCCGCUUCGGCGAAGCCAUUGAGCAAGCUCAAGCAGUGCUUUUCUUGGCUUCUGAUGAGAGCAGCUUUGUUAACGGAACCGACUUUGUGGUUGAUGGUGGCAUGACGAGGUGCUAUACUACGCCUGAUGGACCACCUACGGAGCCGCCCAAGAACAACGCACCUUCCACGGCUCAUUACUAG